ACCAUAACUUGUUUUUGUUCCUGCUAACAAGCCUUUUAGAAAGAUAUCCCCAUCGCUCGAACGUGCCCUGGCCGGCGACUCUCAGUCUCAGCACGUAGCACCGGCCGGCCAUGGAGAACCCGGGCAGGCCUAUUGCCCUCUCAAGGAGCGUGGACCUGACGGACAAGAGCAGCAUACCCAGUGUGCUGCUCUUAGGUAAGCUCGUCUCCAGUGGCUCCCCGGCGGACUCGGCGUCGCUGCUUCCUGACAAGCUUCGCCAUAUCUGGGAUCCCACUGGCACCGUGAACUUCUGGCGAGUCACGGACGGCGCCUUCCUGGUCCAGUUCUACGAGGAGGAGGACCUGACCAAGGCGCAAGACGGCGCACCUUGGUCUUGCGGCGACGGAGACGACCUCUUCCUCAUGCAGCACGUCAAGCCGGGCAUGAACAUGGUCGACCAGAUCGCCGGGUUCACCAAGGCCGAGCUCUGGGUGCAGUUCCACGACGUCCCCGACGACCACUUCUCCGUGAACACCGUGUACGCGCUCGCCGCGGGCAUCGGCGAGCCGGUCAAGUGCGAUCUGAAUACGUCCCGCCCCAAGUUCCUCCGGGCGCGAAUCCGGGUGGACAUCACGCGACCUCUGCAGCCCUCCGUCGACGUCGAGCUGGAGAACGGCGAACGAGCGUCGGUGUCCGUGGAAUAUGAGGGCGUCCGGAGCUUGUGCUGGUCCUGCAGGAUCCUGGGCCACCGAGUGGACCACUGCCGCCGCAAGGCAAACAAGUCUCGUCGGGAGAACCCGGCCGUCUACGCUCCAAGCAAAAGCAACAUAGGGUCCAGACGUUCCACGUCCGCAUCAUCGUCAUCGUCGUCGUCUAUCCUGGGGAAGAGUCUACAUGUGUCUGCGACCACUGCCCCAGUACUUCCGGCACUAAGAUCAGGGCAGGAGGGACUCUCCCCAGUAAAUGGCACUUGUUUCAACUUCUUCAACCUCAAAAUGUGGAGAAAGAGAGUGGAAAAGAAUAAUGAACCUUCCGGCACUGGGGAUCAUGAUCCACAAGACGAAAAAGUACCUUUUAGAAACCAGGAAGAAAACCAGGUACGAAAGAAAAAAUCUGCACCGGAGAUUGUUCAGGACCAGGAUGAAAAGCAGGUACUAGAGAAAAAAUCUGCACCGGAGAUUGUUCAGGACCAGGAUGAAAACCAGGUACUAGAGAAAAAAUCUGCACCGGAGAUUGUUCAGGAGCCUUCCAUCAUGGACGCACAAGUGACUCAACGAGACCCCAUCCCGAUUAUGCACUCACAUUUCAUUGUAAAAACACAUGGGUCAAGGUCCAGGAAGCAUGCGAGGAUUGAAGUAAUGAUGGAAACAGACUGCUCACCGCAGCUAAUAAAGGGAGGAAUGGAAUGGCUAUCAAAAAACGCCGAAUGUCCAGGUUUGGAUGCAGCAUAUGAUGGUAAGAGAGGCGUCAUCAGUAUCUUCGGCUUGCAAAUUGAUCAAAACACGGAUCCAGUUGACCUGAUAGGGUAUCUGCUUCCCAAGAUCAGGCAAAAAACAAGAUUUGCAGAGACCCAAACAAAACCUGACAGCCCCGCAAGACUUAAAGACAUGAUGGUGCGUUUCCAUGAUGUUAACUGCUGCAAGGAUGCCUCCAAGGAAUCAGGAAAGAAUGGGGUAUAGUUAUGAGAACGUAUGAGAUGCCGAUUAUUUACU